UCUACUAACAGCGCGUAUCCACGUUAAAAACAGAGGCCAAACUGUGUAAACAAUGGUAGUGCGGUACCAGAUUGAUGUUUUUUCUCUAACAAAAACGUUGAAUCAGUGCGAGUAGUGAUGCAUUUACAGAAAAAGAAAGGUGGGGCGAGACAGGUGGCGAAGUAAGACGGGGCGGGGUAUCUCCUCUAUCGCGCGAUUCAAAUGUAGGAAUCAUAAUCAAGCAUACGCGUUAGAUAUGUCGUCUCAAUCAUUGAAAGUUACCCACAUGCCAGCAAAGAUGGGUGCUGACGCCAAGCAGGGAAGAUACACGACGCCGGAGGGCUCAAAGAGGUGGGAGUAUCUGACUACCUUUAAUUGUUCAAUUAUAAGCUUGUGCAUUGGAGCGAUCAUAGGAUGGGACUCGCCGAGCAGCGUGAAACUAAUGGCGCCGGACUCGUCGAUCCCGGCUACCGUCUCCAACGUUUCCACCCUCGUAGCCAUGGGCGCCAUCGGUCACAUACUGGGACCGAUAAUCAACCAGCUUAUAGUCGACAGAAUAGGCCGAAAAAGGUCUAUUCUAUUUAGCGGAAUAACGUCGAUCAUCUGUUGGGGCUUGAUCACACUCGCUACGAAUAUCUGGUUUCUCUAUUUAGCCAGGUUGAUGGGUGGUCUGUGCUUGGGUCAAUUCAUGUGCGUAUUCACGAUGUACAUUGGAGAAAUUGCAUCACCAAGUACACGAGGCGCUGGAGGAACCGCAAGUACGAUUAUGUUUAACUUUGGCAUUUUUGUAAUGUUUGUCAUUGGGCCGUAUCUAUCGAUAUCGGCGGCGGCGGCAAUCUGGCUGGCCGUGUCUGUCGGUUUCACGAUUACUUUCUGGUUUAUGCCGGAAUCGCCGUACUACUUGGUCAUGACGAAUAAAAUUGACGAGGCGGAGGCGGCGUUGGAGAAGCUGCGCGGUAAGGUGGAUGUCUUAGAAGAAUUGCAGACGAUCGUCAGGUCGAUGUCCGACGAAAGGCAGCGGCGAAAGACCGGCGGCAUCAGGAAGUUGAUGACCACGCGUGCCAGUCUACGCGCCUUUAUCAUCAUCAAUAUUAUCACGAUCACCCAUCAAGUCGGCGGCUUCUUCCUGUUGCUCGCGUACAGCCGGAUCCUCUUCAAGUCCGCUGAGCUCCAGAUUAUCUCCGAUCACACAGCCAAUAUCAUGCUUGGCGCGAUACAGGUGGUCUCUGCGACAAUUACCAUCUUCCUGAUCGACAAGCUGGGUCGCAAGCCACUGAUACUCUUCUCCGGCUUGAUUGCCGCUACGUCAAAUUUCGUCAUCGGCAUCUUCUUUUAUGCGAAGGAGUAUCUAAAUGCGGACGUGUCCGCGUAUUCAACGGCAUUGUUAAUCGCGGCGAUGCUGCUGGUGUUUGCUUUUAAUUGUGGUUUACUUCCCAUGCAGAUGAUCUUUAUGUCUGAAAUGUUUGUCACCGAGGUUAAGGCUCUCGCCACGUGUCUUCUCGCUACCGCCAGCGGCUGUUUCGCCGUGAUAGCGGCGAAGGCUUACAUUCUGGUGGCUGUCACGUGGAACUACGGCCACUCGGUGCCUUACCUCGCAUUCUUCGCGAUCGUGACGGUAUGUACCAUUCUGAUUCUUCACCUCUCGCCUGAGACGAAAGGCAAGACCUUUGUGCAGAUACAAAAGGAGUUGAACGAUUGAAGCGGUGGCUAAAGGACGAAGAAUCGGCGCUUCUAGUUCGACCUGGGAGAGGAUCCUCUAUUGGAUACCGAAGGAGCAUAUUGCCUCUCGUAAAUUGUGCGUCUUAAAGAAAGAUAAUUGGGUACUAUAAGAGAUCUCACCACAAAAAUCUUUAUCGGGUUCUUCGACGUUUUUAAGGAGGAUCGGAAAAAAGGAAAUUGAAAAUCGCGAACGGAAAAUUGAAGGAGAUGACCUUUCAAGAUACACGAGCAAAUUUUUGGGCAGCCUCGUUGAAAUUGCUUGCGACGUUGAUGCACGUGAUAAGAGUGAUAGUUUAUGCGGUGUCUAGAAACUCGCAGGAAGUAGACUGCGCCAUAUCGAUUCGUCGAUACCACGGCGACUGGCCGGGUCGUUUGUAUCUUACUAAAGAAAUAAUUAUUCACAGAUGUACAUAUAACAUCGGAUAAUAACUAAAUAAAGAAAUGACGGUAAUCGAGAUUUGCUUAACAAAAAAUUACAUGUGUUAAGUUUAAAAUAUGUUAGAAAGUAUUACGUAAAUAUUAUGUAAAAAAUUAAUGCAAAAGUAUAAUGUUUUACAAUGUAAAGACAAAUUGUGAAAAUAUAUUUCUUUAGCAAAAUUCAUACUUAUAAUACGUUGACGCAUGUACAAUUUAUUCAGUUAGUUUAGAAUUUACGCGUCAAAGCUACAUUUAUUUUUUAUGUCAUUUAAUUAUUUUUCUAUAAAUCAUGUGUUAUUUUAAUACUAAGAAAUAUUGAAUUUAACAUAAUAUAUUUAAAUAAUACAAUCUCAUUAUGUAGAAUUAACAGUCGGAUAUGUUAAAGAUUCAACACAAAAGUUUAACAAAAGUUAGAUUUAACAUGAACAAAAUGUUUUCUACUGUAAUUCACAAAUAUAUAUUUCAUAUCUUUAACGUCUGACGUUAUAACAGAAUGCUUCUUGUACGUCACAUUUUAAAUAAAUUGUCAUAUAAUAUCA